AUGAGUCUUACAGGCAAAGUGGCCAUUGUCACCGGCGGCUCACGAGGAAUCGGCGCCGGCAUCGCGAUUGAACUCGCCAAACGCGGCGCCAACGUCCUCAUCACCUACGUUGCCAGUCCUGGUAAAGCAGAGGCUGUAGUCUCCACGAUCAAAGCCGCAGGCGGCGAAGCAGAGGCCAUCAAGGCCGACUGCAAAGACAAGAACGCGCCAAAACUCGUGGUCGAUGCCGCGCUCAAAUUUGACGGCGGGAUCGAUAUCAUUAUCAACAACGCCGGUGCGGGCGAUGAGAUGAUGCUCAAGGAUGCCACGUACGAGCAUUUCGAAAAGGUUGUCAAUACGAAUAUGCGAUUCCCGAUGUUUUUGGUCCAGGCGUGUUUGCCGUAUUUGAGAAGGGGAGGCCGAAUUGUGAAUUUGGGCAGUGUUAUCGGGAGACAACCAUGGUUAGGAAAUACCGUCUAUGGCGCGACGAAAGCAGCCAUGGAGAGCUUUGCGAGACAAUGGGCAUUGGAACUGGGCCAUGAGUACGGCGUCACUGUGAAUAAUGUCAACCCCGGACCUGUAGCGACGGAUAUGAUGGCCGAGUCAUCUCCGGAAAUCCUGGCUACCAUGGAAACGUACUAUAAGAACACACCUGCAGCGCCGAGGACCGGUGAGGUCGAUGAUAUUGUGCCUAUUGUGGCAUUUCUCUGUGAAGAGCAAUCGCGCUGGGUGACUGGGUCGACGACCUGUGCGAAUGGCGGUGCGGUGUUUGUGUAG